AUGCCUCUAACUGCUCUACCCAAGGCGUUUGAUUUGAAAGAGCUAAAGAAAGGAUACUUUCCACAUCUAUUCAACACUUUUGGCUCAUCAGAAUUAUCUAGGGCCAACUCCAGCGCUCACUUCUACGAUCCCGACCAUUUUAAAAGAAGACACUCGAGAAAAUUAUUAAAAUGGCAUGGCAAAAGACAAGCGGAGGGAUACGUUUUUGAUUUUCAGAAAGAAAUCGUUGAAUACUGUAUCUCCGAUGUGGAAAUAUUGACACAGGCGUGUCUCAAAUUUCGAGACCUGAUGAAAACCGAAACCACAGUCGAUCCCUUCCAGGAAAGCACCACUAUUGCAAUCAUGCUGUAA